AACAUCAUCUAUCCAGCCCCCCCCCCCACCGCCCCCACUUUCCUUCCCCUCAACGACCCUGGAUCUCCUCGGGGAGAGAAGAGCCCUGCACGCCUUCAGAUCCGGGUAGCCCACAAAGAGAUCCAGGCUCGCAGAGAUGCUGAAGCCCGGCGAUCCCGGCGGAUCGGCUUUCCUCAAGGUGGAUCCCGCGUACCUCCAGCACUGGCAGCAGCUGUUCCCGCACAGCAGCCAGCAGCUCAAAGGCGGCGCCGGGCUGCUGGGUCACCUCCAGGCGCCCGAAAGAGCCGUCGAGCCCCAGGCUGACAGCCUCCGCCCGCUGCCGGCCUCUCUCUCGUCUGCGGCGUCCUCGUCCUCUUCCUUGUCCUCUUCUUCGUCGUCUUCCUCCUCCUCCUCCUCCACACCGUCGUCCGCCCCGUCUUCGUGCGCCGUCGCCUCCCUGGCCAGCUUGACUGCGCUGCCGGUGGCGCAGAUCCCCGUCUUUGGACCGAUCCAGAGCUCCGAGUCCCCGACGGGAGCCUCUGUCGCCCUCCUGCAGACCAAGGACCUGGGCGGAGGCAGCGGGGUGGCCAAGGGCGGCGAGAGGGCACCGGCCAGGUUUCGCUGCACCGCCGAGGAGUUGGACUAUUACUUGUAUGGGCAGCAGCGCAUGGAGAUCAUUCCGCUCAACCAGCACACCGGGGACCCCAACAACCGAUGUGACAUGUGUGCAGAUAAUCGUAAUGGAGAGUGCCCCAUGCAUGGCCCUUUGCACUCUUUACGCCGUCUGGUGGGCACUAGUAGUGCCGCCGCUGCCGCACCUCCACCUGAGAUUCCUGAGUGGCUUCGGGAUCUGCCCCGGGAAGUGUGUCUGUGCACCAGCACUGUGCCUGGUUUGGCCUAUGGCAUCUGUGCUGCUCAAAGGAUUCAGCAGGGCACCUGGAUCGGGCCUUUCCAGGGAGUUCUCCUUCUGCCAGAAAAGGUGCAAGCAGGAGCAACCAGGAACACCCAACACCUCUGGGAAAUAUAUGACCAAGAUGGGACACUACAGCACUUUAUUGAUGGUGGGGAACCCAGUAAGUCAAGCUGGAUGAGGUAUAUUCGAUGUGCAAGGCACUGUGGGGAGCAGAACUUAACCGUAGUCCAGUACAGGUCAAAUAUAUUCUACAGAGCUUGCAUGGAUAUUCCCAGGGGCACAGAGUUGUUGGUCUGGUAUAAUGACAGCUACACAUCUUUCUUUGGAAUCCCGUUACAGUGCAUUGCACAAGAUGAGAACUUGAAUGUCCCUUCAACUGUAAUGGAAGCCAUGUCAAGACAAGAUACCGUGCAGCCAUUUAACAAAAGUAGCAAACUACCCUCUGCCACUCCACAGCGGUCCAUUGUAUUUCCACAGACUCCGUGUAACAGGAAUUUCUCUCUUCUGGAUAAAUCAGGCUCUAUCGAAUCAGGAUUUAACCAGAUCAGUGUAAAAAACCAGCGAGUCCUUGCAAGCCCUACAUCAACAAGCCAACUAAAUUCAGAGUUCAGUGACUGGCAUCUUUGGAAAUGUGGGCAAUGCUUUAAGACUUUCACCCAACGGAUCCUCUUACAGAUGCAUGUGUGCACACAGAACCCUGACAGAAAUUCCCAACAAUCCCAUUUGGGGGGCUCCAGAAAGGGGCCCUAUCAGUGUGGACACUGCUCCCAAUCCUUCUCCCAACCUUCAGAGCUACGGAACCACGUAGUCACCCAUUCCAGUGACAGACCUUUCAAGUGUGGCUAUUGCGGUCGUGCCUUUGCUGGUGCUACUACACUCAACAAUCAUAUCCGGACACAUACAGGGGAGAAGCCCUUUAAGUGCGAGAGGUGUGAGAGGAGCUUCACACAAGCCACCCAGCUGAGUCGACACCAGAGGAUGCCCAAUGAGUGCAAGCCAAUAACAGAGAGCACAGAAUCAAUUGAAGUGGAUUAACUGAUUGACUGGUUGGAAUUAAACUGCAAGGAAAGUCAUGAUUAAAUGUCACGGACACUUAAGCAAAACCAAAGAUUUCCUCUGAGCAACUUUCAAUCAGUCCCAGAAAACCAAGAGCAGUAAUAAAAUAAGUAAGAUGUUAAGAGAUAUUGAUCCUGGCGUGGAAGCGAAACCAGGAAAGAGAUUAUUUAUUUAUGACUAGGAAUGAGACUGAUUUCCAUGGACAAGGAACCCGGGCCUGCUAGCAUCCUAGCCUCCCUCCCCACCAUGUAUUGCUUUAUUUCUAAAAGCUUUUAUAAUUGUUAUUUAAUACCAAAGCAACAAAGAUCAAGGGUUCUUCAGCCCAUAGCUAUGGCUAUGAAUGCACAUAGACUUGUUUAUGAUUGCACCUUUUCCUCUAGCAUGACUCAGUGGACCCAGAGAUGUAUUGUUUCCUUGGUCCUGUUGGGUUGCAUUGCUCUUGACUUGGCUGUUAUUUUUAAUUUUUUAAAAAGUGGUCUCCGAAUGACAAGAGAAUGAAGACGAUCCAGAACCAUCUUUGUGUUGGUGUCAGAACUCCUCCGACUAAUGGACAUUUUCGUUCCCAUGGUUUCAGAACUCACAUUUUGUGCACUUUUUUUGUAUAAAUGUUUUCAUUAGCCAGUGUUGCAUUGGCCCAGGAGAUCCCAGAAAUGUUAAAUAAACUUUGUCCUAUAUAUAUAUAUA